GAAGACGCAGCUUCAGGCGAGUGACAUCACUUCCGGAAGUGACCUCACGAAAACAGGAUGUUUGGACGCGAGAACUAGGAAGUGGCUGAUGGUGGCGUGCAUAUUGUAAGGAAAGAAGAAUAUAGCUUUUGUAUAAGAAUGCGGCCAUUUGAAUAAUCUUCUUUGCUCUUACUACGGAUCAGGACACAGCACCACUUUUAAAGUUACUAAGACUUAACAAGCAUGUGUUGAGUCCUUAAGUGCAGGAAGCAUUGAAGAAAGCAAAAAUGGAUAUCUGUAAUUCUUUUCACCAGGAAUCAAAUACUUCUGAAUCAUUGAGUCUUCCUAAUGUUUUGACAGGGGAAACCCUGGCCAUUGCCCUUAAUCCAAAUAUUCCUGCAGGGAAGAUAUACUUGAAUGGGACAGAAGCUUUGGUCAAAGGCAUCGAUAUUCCCAUUCCUGUUAUGGGGUCUGUAAACAUGGUACCAUUGGUUCAUAUAGUGGAAUCUUUGGGUGGUCUUGCACUUGCACCCACACAGUCUCAGGCUUUAUCAUCCAUAUUGUUGCCAGUGGAUGUUAUAAAGGAUCAACAAUUGCAACAUACACUUCCAUUAAAUGAAUUUAUAAGAGUUCUAUCAGAUGAACAAAUAGCAUCGGCAUCAAUGCAACAUGACUUGGAUAUUGGUUUGGUCAUGCCAUUGUGCUCUGAAACCGUGCCCACAAUACUAGAUGUCCGGGAUAUCUCAGGUGAGAGCGCAUUGGUUAUUGAAAACGUUGCAAUACAACCAUUCUCAGAAAGCUGCUAUUCAACUAUUGCAGCAACACAGAUGUGUUCUUCAGAACUGGUUGCUUACUUGCAAACCGACUCCACAGGUCCUUUACUUGAAGUGAGUCCUCUUCCACCUUUGAUGCCGAGCUCGGAGACCGUAUUAUCUCCAGCGAUUACAGGGCCCAUUACUUCCACAGUGCCAAUUGUGUCUAAAUAUACUGAAGAGCUGUUUCCGUUUGAUGAUAUCUCUGAACAAGUUGAAAGUGAUCUUCAAGAAAAUGAAAUGUGCGACGAAACCCAAACCACAGCUGAGUUGGUGUCCAUUGUGGUGGAUCUACAGAAGAAAGAGCGGGCUUUUCAACAAAGACACAGAAGGCACUGUUCAAAGCUGGAGGUCAUGGAGGGUGUGGUUGAACAACUCAAGAACGAAAACUUGAUUUCUGAUGAGAAACUUAAUUUUUUACAAAUGGCCAGUCUCCAGUCUAAUGCACUACCAGAGAGCGGCAACUCUUUUGCAAUUGUUUGCCAAGAAGAUGAUCAGACCUUCCUGUACUCACUCCCUUUGCUUCCAGAAGAAGAAAGUCAGACCGUUUUUCAGAUUGAUGAGCAGUAACCGCAAAUGCUUUGGGAUUUAAGAUAUAAGCCAUACUAGUCAAACCACUGUUGGAAAUAUCUUUUAUCCUUUUUAAAACAGAAAUACCAUCAAUGACAGAUUUUUUUUUUAACCUUUAAUCAUCUUUUUAGGUUCAUUCUAAAGCAGGUUUUUGGGAUUGUUGUGAUUUUUUUUUUUUUUUUUGUGCUGGACUUAUCAGGAGCUCUAAUCAACAUCACACAAAUUGUAUAAGAGAUCUAUUUUCACUGCAAAUAAAUUACGUGACAUUAAAUCAAAAAAUGAUUUACCCUAUUAUCACAGAGCAUAUAUUAUGAAAAUGAGUUUUACAUGCCAAACCUAUUAUUAAAUGUAUUAUUAGCAACUGGAGGGCAGAUUUUGCCAAUGCAAACUUUUUAGAAAAUACGUUAUAAAGUAUAUUACAUUUAACUACUUAGGUUUUAAUGUCCCCACCACAUAAGCAGGAUAAAUCCACACUAUCCUAUAUACACAUUUGCUUUGAUAUUCUAACAACUCCAAGUUUCUGAUGUUAGUGAUAUUGGGAUCCCUGUAUAUUUAUUUGCUCUGUUAAGAGAGUUGUUGAAAUAAAAUAACUUUUCUUAGUGAAUACGUAUUAAAACUUGGAAUACCUUUUCAACAAAAGGAGCUGCAUUUUUGUAAAAUGUUUCCAAAAGGUUCGUAUCUGGCUGCUGAUGUUUACCUUUUAAUGAUCAACUUUGCUAAUUACUGUGCUUUAUUGCCUUGAUUGUUGUGAUGAAAAGAUAAAUCUAUUAUGAUAAAUAUUUUCUUUUA